AUGAUUAAUGAGAAUAAUGAAAAGAUGAACGACAACAAUGGGCUCUGCACGAGCACCUGGGGACCACCCGGGUGGUUUUUCUUACACUGUGUCGCCGCGGGAUACCCUGUUCAUCCGGACGAAUACGAUGACAUUCGCGGCAACGCUAGAGGGCACACCCGUCGAGGAUAUUCCUCGUUCUUCAAAAACACCGGGCACGUUCUGCCGUGCCGGUUCUGUAGAGAUUCGUAUGUACACUUCUCAUCCGAAACUCCGGUUGAAGAGUACCUCCACUCGCGCCAAGCGCUGUUCGAGUGGCUGUUCAUUAUACACAACAAAGUCAAUGACAAGAUCGGUGAUAAACAAGAAACCGACCUCGAAUCCGUCGUGGACAAGUACGAAAGAUUCCGAGCGAAAUGUCAUCACCAAAAAGCGACCGGGUGCACCGAUCCCGCGAGACACAACGAGAAGAUGAUAUGCAGAUUGGUGGUGGAGCCCGUCAACAGGAAACGGAAUCGGUGGGCUGUGCUCUCGAUCAUGACCGUUCUCAUCAUUUUUGUUUCAAUUGUUGUUCAUCACGGGGCCGAUCGGCGUCUUUGA